UGGUUUUUCUUUUCUCUUUCCAUUUUUCUUCUCCACCGCACGAACUGUGAGUGAGUGAUUCAUGAUUCUUCUGAAAUUUGAAUAAACUUAAUGAAUAAGUGAAUCAAGGAAAGAGUUAAUGAGUCUGUGGAGUUAAUUUUGGUUAGGGUUUCGUGAUGAUUGAAGAAAGAGGAAUCAGUAAAAUUAGGAUUAGGGUUCUAGAAUGGAUUGAAAAUUUUAUAUCAAAUUGAGAAUGAAAUCAAGUAAUGAUGGGUAUUGGGUGUUAAUUUUAAGGUUGAAUUUUUAGUUAUUGAUUUUCAAUUUAAUUCACAUUGAAGAAUCAGUGAGUUAGGGUUCCAACAUGAACUGGAAAUUUGAUUGGUGAUGAAUACGAUGAAAUUGAAAGAUGAUUUUGUUAAAUUGAGGUUUAGAUUCGUAUAAUAAUUGGAUGAACUCCAUCGAUUAGGGUUCUUAAUAGAAAAGAGAAUUCAUGGUUCACGGGUUUGAAACUUAGUUGAAAAAAAAAAGAAAAUUGACGGUUUAGGGAUAUGAUGGAAUCAAGUUGAAGAUUAAGCAAAGGGUGAAUCAUUUGUUUCAAUUUGGAAUUAAUCUGAGAACCUGUUAUAUGGAUAUUAGGUUACUAGUUUGAGAUGAAGUGUAUGUGAGUUGGAUUAGUAAUAUGAUGGGAUGAAGAUGGGUUUGCGUUUUUGUUGUUGUUGAUUAGCUCAAGAAUAUGGAGGUAAGGCUUUCACGGUUUCUGGUGAUACAGUCGUUUUCUCGAAUUACGCGGAUCAAAGACUCUACAAGCAGAUAAUUGGAGAUUCCUUUGCCAUACCAAUUACUCCAGAUUAUGGUGGACCUGUAGUUAUAUCACAGUAAGGGAAGAUACUCGUGACAGUAGCAUAAAUCCCACCACGACAAUUGUAUCCGUCACCUUUAAUGGCGAAACUAACCAAGAACCAAAAGUGUUAGUCGGUGGAAAUGACUUCUACGCAUUCCCCCGUCUGGAUUCCAAAGGAGAGCGGCUAGCUUGGAUUGAAUGGGGUCACCCUAACAUGCCAUGGGAUAAAGCACAACUUUGGGUUGGUUACAUUUCCAAGGAUGGAGAUAUAAGCCAAAGGAUCUGUGUUGCCGGUGGUGAUCCUAUGCUGGUAGAGUCUCCAUCUGAGCCCAAGUGGUCCUCUAAAGGGGAACUAUUUUUCAUUACAGACAGGAAAAGUGGAUUCUGGAACCUUUACAAAUGGAUUGAGCACAGAAACGAGGUGGUAUCGAUUUAUUCCAUCGAUGCUGAGUUUACAAAACCGUUUUGGGUUUUCGGUGCUUCCUCGUUUGAUUUCAUCCCAACCAAUGGCAACAACAACUUAAUUUCUUGCAGCUACAGGUCUCUCCAUUAUAGUUAUCACCACUAUAUUCCUUUUUGGUCCAUUUGUUGUAAUUUUAGCAUUUUUGUUCUUUUAAUGGUGGAUGUGCCGUUUGAAAUUUGAUUUCAGCUGUAAUUGAUAACAUGCAGACAGUUUGAGAUGAAGUGUAUGUGAGUUGGAUUAGUAAUAUGAUGGGAUGAAGAUGGGUUUGUGUUUUU